GGAUCCAAGAAACCUGACACUCCUCUUGUGCAAAGAGCAGCCAAGAACCAGGAAACUGCAGCUCGGCUUUGAUAGUCACAGCACUCCAUGGAGGAAACCAGGGCGUGAUGGGGAACGUUGGUAGCAGCAAACUGUGGCCAACCUCACUUGGGGGAAAGAAGAAAGAAAAAUCUAGUGGUUCAAAGAAGAGACAAUCUACUAGACCUACCCAGAAACUACCCACGAAUGCACCCACAUAUGACACAGUAGCAGAGGUUCCAGUUUACGCUGUUGUGGACAAGACCAAACACAAAAAACCUAAAGAAGAAAAUGUUCAUUAUGCAGAUAUUGAAGUCUUACGACGUCCUACCACAAGGACCGCAAAACGGAAGCCUGAAAUUCCCCCAAAACCAGAAGUAACAGAAUACGCCUCUAUUAACUUUCCUACGGCAUACAAUCCUAUCAAAGGUACUCUGGUCUAGUAAGCACUGCUUGAGGAUACCCUACAGUAUGAAUCUUUUGUUCCUGGAUAUUAAUGGACUUUAAUAGAUGCAACUUUGUGUAGUAAAUCUUGGAAUCUGAAAAAGAACAUGCAAUGAACAUUUACUGACCUUGAGUGACAAGCAGAGCAGCCUCCUUGUGAAGCUGUUUCUGCAAAAGAGCUGAACUGCUAUCUGGAAGACAGACUGCUUAUAUGGGAACUGGGUGUUUUUUAAUUUGUCACUCCAAGUUAAAGUACUUUAAUGUUAUGGGAAAAUGAGAACUUAAUGUAUCUAUUACAAUUAUUAUAUUUUCCUGACAUAGUUUUGUUUUAUGGCACUUAAACUGUCAUCUUUUGGUACCAAGAUGCAGAGAGGAAAUGCUUUUCACAAGGAUAUGGCCUGAUGAUCAAACAAGAUAUGCAAACCUCAAUUAACACUCCUGCUUGGGGUGUACCAUGUUAGUGUGGUGCAAGCCUACGUUGCCUUUCUGAGAAUAAAGCAAUUAGUAUGAUGCUUCUUGUAAAAA